AUGGUAGAUUCGCUGUCCCAAGCUGGCCGACGACUAGGCCAGAUCAAAGACUCGCUCCUCGGCAAGACAGCGACCACAAUCCCCUUCGACCCGGACUCAACGUCAUUCCCGACGCGUAAAAAUCUUCCCAAGAUAGUCGGCGCUCCAGACGAAGCAGCAUGGGUAUGGGGCAAGGACGACUACAUAGGCCGCUUGAAUCUCUUGACGCCGACUCGAGUGAGAGCCGCCGCCUCUGAGAUACGUACAGGUGAAAUGGCCCGGCUCGACCUUCCGUUGAACGUUCCCGAACAGCCAGCCUUCGACCGGCAAAAGUUCGAGCACAAGAUCCUCACCAUCGCGGACGGCGUGGCCUACGACGACGUGUACCAUUGCAACACGCAGUCGGGCACGCAGUGGGACGGAUUUCGACACUUUGCUCACAUACCAACAAACACAUUCUACAACGACACGCACGCGUCCGACAUCGUAGGCGAGACGGCAAACCACAAAUGCAGCGUCCACCACUGGAGCACGCACGGCUUUUCCGGCCGCGGCAUCCUGCUCGACUACCGCUCAUACGCCGACGCGCAUGGGAUCAAGUAUGACACUGCCACGAGCCACGCGAUAUCGUACGACGAGCUCGCGGCGUGCGGCAAGUGGCAAGGCAUCGACAUCCGUCCCGCGUCUCAGGGCGGCGAUGUCAAAAUCGGCGACAUCAUCCUCAUCCGCUCUGGCUGGGUUCAGGACUACUACAACCGGAGCCCGGAGGAACGCAAUGCUCUGGCCCUGCGCGGUCACGGUACGCACGGCGGCGAACAGGCCUGGGCGGGCAUCAAGCAGGAAGAGGCCAUGAAGGACUGGCUCCACGACUGCUACUUUGCCGCCGUCGGUGGCGACGCCCCCAGCUUUGAGCGCUGGCCGACUCCGGAAACGUACUACUUGCACGAGUACAUUCUCGCGCUCUGGGGAAUGCCACUGGGCGAGAUGCUCGAUCUGGAGAAGCUGAGUGACUUGGCCAAGAAGAACAAGCGCUGGACCUUCUUCUUUUCCAGUGCACCUGCGAACAUGCCGGGAGGAGUCAGUAGCCACGUCAAUGCCACCGCCAUCUUCUGA